AUGGGAAACAACACCUGCUGAGUUAAGAUGCGUAGUCAUGUUAAAUGACUUGAGAAAGAUGGCAUGGAUAUUGUCAAAUAUGAAGAUACAAAACUCCAAAGAGACGAAUAUGAGAGGAGGAGUGCCUUCUCUUAUGAAGGCCUCAAUAUUGAUUAUUGAUUAUCAAAGCCAGGUUAUUAUCGCAAGGACGAUAGUUUAUCAAAUGCAGAGUAUAGGAAAGCUGAGAAAGAAUCUCUCUUUACGGGAGAGGAGGAGGAAUUCGUCUCAUUCGCAGAUAAUUUCGUAUACAUUGAGUCCGAAGCAGAGUCUGAAAGGUUUAGCUCAAAAAGUUUCGGAGUUCCCUUAAAGUCAUGUGGAGAACCCAAACAUAACAAAAUACCUCAGAUUAAAACUCUUGAGCAGAUGCUAUUGUCAGAGAAUGAAACUGUGAAUUCUCACAUCACCAAAAUGUAUAGUGAAAAUAUGUCCAUUAUGCCUACAAAGAAGGCAGAAGAUUUUGACUGGUUCGAGAACCUCGAAUGAAUCGAUCCCAAAUAUUUGAACGAGUAUGAGACCGGGAAGAAAAUUGAUAAAGACUAUAUCAUAAACUUCUUCAACAUGAUGAAACAUAAGUUCGAGCAAGAAGAAUGGACGAUCAGGUGAGAUAGACCUGAAACAAAAUGAUGGAACUCUCCUGAAGGAUCACCAUAUUCAAAAAAACAUCUCUGAGUGCAUGUGGAAGGCUGGAUGAGCUCUAAAUAUCCUCAUGAAAUGGUAGUGGAUGCUAUCCAGAACACUUCUUCCAGGCUGAAAUGGGAUAAAAAUAUAGCAGAGACCCAAUUUGUUGAAAGAAUUGCCAAAAAUGCUUACAUUAGGAGAACAAAGACAAAGAAAAUGCCAGUGAUCAGUCCAAGAGAUAUUUUAGAAAAAUAAGAUAAUUCUCAAGGUCAAGAAUAAGUCAGGAAAUAUAGAUACCUACAUCUACAGUAGCUCAGUGCCUGACUCUUUUUAUGAAGAAGAGAAAGGGAUAGUCAGAGCAACAAAUCUAUUCUGUGUCUUAAGACUCAAGCAAUUGAAGGAUGGAAGGACUAAAUACGAGAGCUUUGCACAGGCAGACCCAAAAAUCUUCGGCGCAAUGUUUGUCUUCAAAAGACUGUGUGGUUUAAAGAUCAAAGAAUGGUACAAAAGCAUAAUUGAGUUCCUGGAUGCCCAACUUGAAGCUAAAAAAGAAUAAAAAAUUGUUAAUAGCAUUCUCCAAAUCUU